AUGCUGGUGUUGCUACGGAGCUGAGUGGCCCUUCAAGAUGAGGUUUUAUUUUGACAUCCUCUUUCUUGGAGGGUGGCUGAGUGGACAGAGGUAUGCGUCUGGAGAUGAAAGUUUCCUCAAGCCUUCCAUCUCAGUGCACCCUAAUAAUGUGGUUGCCCUGGGGGGAAAUGUCAGAAUCCACUGUGAGAGAAGAUACGAGUACCCACAAAUCGAGUUCCAUCUUGAACAAGUUAGACAAGGACAACUCUAUCUUUAUGCCUCCAAGUUGGUAAAAUCAUAUGAAGCUGAAUUUCCCAUUUUAAAGGCCAAGAGAUCAGAUGGAGGGAUCUACAUGUGUGUGUAUCACAAAGAAAGAGAUCCACACAAUGUGUCACCUCGUAGUGAUCCUGCAUAUAUCAAUGUAACAGAUCCCAGCCUCAACAAACCCUCCAUCAAGAUGAAACCCAGAACGCUGCUUGCCCUAGGCAUGAAUGUCACUAUUGAGUGUCAAGGGCCAGAGGCUGAUCUAAUCUAUUCCCUGCACAAAUCCCAGAACUUGGCAGCAACACAAGUGGUAGAGACAGCUGGACACCCAGCCCGUUUCCCUUUGCCCUUGCUGAGGCUGGAGGAUGCAGGGAGCUACACCUGCCAAUAUGCUCACAGAGAGCAGCCAUUUGUCUGGUCAGAGGCAAGUGACCCUGCAGAGCUGAUAUUGAAAGAUCCCAACCUUUCUAAACCUACCAUUGAAGUGAUUCCUAAGGGACAAUAUGAUCCAGGUGUGAAUGUCACUGUCAAGUGCCAGGGGCCAUACAAGGGCCUGAAUUUCUCCCUCUACAAAUCCAAGGAUCGGAUAGCAUAUCUGAGGGCAGAACCAGAGAAAAAUACAGCUGAGUUCCAUUUAAAUGGAGUGAGUCUGGACAAUGAAGGGAAUUACACCUGUCAUUACCCCCACUCAGCAUAUGCCUUUGUCUUGUCAAAGCCAAGCAAUCCUGUAGAGAUCAUUGUGAGAGGUUCACAACCAAAUUCAGACAGACCCAAGACAAUCCUUCUGGCAAGCUGUGUUGGAGGCCUUCUCCUUCUAGUUCUUUUGCUGUUGGUUGCCUUCAUAUUGUACAGAAAGAAGAGAAAAGGCUCCACUGCCAAUGAAAGAAGCCAACCACUGCCAGUUAAUGAAACCAAUACGUUCCUGGAAGCUGAUGCUGAAGAAGACCCCAAUGCAGUCUCCUAUGCUGAACUGAACCACCACCCAUUGAAAAACAAGCAGCCACCCAAUCCUGACGGAGUCUCAGAGUCUUGUGUCUAUGCCUCAGUGGCAAAAAAUGGAACCAGGAAAGGCCAAUAGGCAGGAUUCUUUGGGAUGUGCUUUCUCCUGGAGGCUUGGCAUAUCCCUGAGCUCCGUAGACACACUUCUUAAGACUGGUUCUUACAUGCAAGCCUCAUUUAUUUUCUCUGCAAUCACAAGCAUGGGAAUUUAACCACAUGGAAAAUAUAUUUGGAUCAACUAGAUGGCUACACAUACAUGGCCAAAUCACAGCAAUCUCUGUGGCUACAGAAAACCUAUCCAUAUAAGCCGUUAACGUAUGACUAAAAGAAGUCGUUAUUGUGACUAUUCUUAUAUUUACAGUGGUUACUGCAUCCCAUAGCUAAAAGAACUCUAUUUACCCUUGCCUUUAUUCCAGACACACAUAAGAUAUGGUUUAGGUUGGAUGAUUUAGCCCUCUUCAGGCAUUACAAAUCACCCCGCUGUGGCCAUGUACAGUGGGGCAAAGGGAAAGAAAGUCCUUCCCCCUGUGGAAUCACUCCCCCCUGACUCUUCAGACAAGCCCCAUUGUAAUUGUGAGUGGCAGGGCGCACGAAUGAGUGAUGCGACAGGGGUGGGACUUCCUCUCCCUUCACCCUGCUGUACACAGCUACAGCAGGGCAAAUUUAUAACUAUAAAUUUAUAACUAUAACAUCUGAAGAGGGCUUUUUUUUAAUGUCAACUCUAGACUGCAUCUAACCUAGAAAAGUAUAGAAAUCAGACUGGUUAUUUUCCAAGUCCCUUUUGCUUGGCAGUCUUCAUCCAAAUCAAUACAAGUCCAGGACGAGAUGAAACGCCUCUUCAUUGAAAAAUGAUAUUGCCGUACAUGGAGUAAGGAGAUUGGAAAGUAGCCAAGUGGUAGAUCACGUCUGCUUUGCAUGCAGAAGGCCUCAGGUUCAAUACCUGGCAUCUCAAGGUAGAGUUAGGAAAGACUGCUGGCUGAAGCCCUGGAAAGCCACAGCUGGAGUAAAUAAUGGAACUUAGAUGGGCCAAUGGUCUGACUCAUACUGAAUUAGGGCAGUGGGAUCCCAGAGGUUGGAAAAAUGUCUGUAAAGUGGUCCUAGAAAUGUGUGUGUGUGGGGGGAGGUUGCCUACCAUGUUCCACUGGUCCCCAGCAGUCCAGCAAUGCCACCCAAGAGUCCAGCAAUGCCCCCCAAGAGUCUCAAGUGUCAUUUUGGGUGCAAAAUCACGGAGUUUUUAUUAUUAUCUUUUUUUAAAAGGCACAAAAUGGCAGCUAGAAAUGACCUCCGAGGUAAUUUCCUGCCACCCCCAAUCCACAGAUACGUGAAUUUUAACCCUCCCCACUUUCCCCCCAUGUAUACUGACGUUGGAUGUCAAUUACCUGGCUGCAGAUAUGCAAAACCACCAAUGCUGGAUCAGGGGCGUAGCAAGGUUGGCGUGGGCCCUGGGACAAGAUUUCAAAAUGGGCCCCUUGCUGCCUUCCUCUCCUUCUCCUGAUCCCAUGUCCUAAGCAUGUAGUAGUAGUAGCAGUAGUAACAGUAAUAAUAAACUCAGAAGCAAAUUCAAAUAGCCCUUUUUACACCAAUGACAGCAGAAAAAAGCAGUCCCGUUUGAUCUUCUACUACUACAACAAAUAUGUAUAUAAUAUGGUGGUUUUUCCCCAACAAAAGUUUCCAAAGCGGUUUACAUAGAAUAACACGAAAGAAAGAAAGAUGGAUCCUUGUCCCCAAAGGGCAGAGAUCUUUCUUUCUCUUUCUUUCUUUCUUUCUUUCUUUCUUUCUUUCUUUCUUUCUUUCUUUCUUUCUUCUUAUUUUUCUAGAUCUCUUCUAUGAACUACAUUUAGUGUAUGUCUAUCCACUACAGAAGGAAAAGCCACUAACAGGGCAGCAGAAUUUAAUAUAUGGAGCUACCCCAAUUUUUUAACAUUUAAAAACAAGUCAGCAUUUAAAGGGCUUUUAAAAUGGAGUUUCCUGUGAUGGAGCAAGUGUAUAUAAAUAAGACUUUUGGUGGAGAAAGGAGAAAUGCUUAAUUUCAUUUUAGCCAUUUGUGAAGACACUUUCAAUAAGUUGGGUAUUUUAGUCCAUUACAAGCUUAUUAAAAAGACAAUAUAUGAACUACUGUUACACGCACAAAGCUAAAUAAAAUAUUUAUUAUGAGAGACAUAUUGUGAAAUAACCAUUUUCUCAUAUAUUUGGCUAUUUAAGCCAUUCUGAGAACUUUGUUACUAAAAAAGCAGCACACAGUAUAAAUAUUCUUAAGAGCAUUCCCCCACCCCCUGCCUCUUAUUUUUUUAAAACGUUAAAAACCUUUACUGACUAAAUUCCUCACAAGAAGGUAUAUUGUUGGGCUGUGGGGAGGAUUUUUAUUACACAUUUGUAAUGCAGAGAGAGAGAGACAAAGACAGAGUUUCAAACCAGGGAAGGAUGUGGGGGGAGAACAAAUACAAGCAGACUGGCUUGUCAAAUGCAAGCAUACACACAGUGGCUUAAUGAAGGGCAACAAUAAAACAAAACAGAUAUGGGAUGAGGAAUGGAGAUUUUUGUUUUACUGUGCUUGAGAGAUGAAGUUCACAGUCCCUCCACUUUCCAACUGCUGGGCUGCACUGAGGCUCCCUCCUUGCCUCCUGUGAUUUGCUGAGAGCUGCUAGGGAGAGGGACGGAACUCCUAGGGUUAACCCUUUGCUAGUGCUGAUGAUUUCGCCACUGCUGCUACCACCAAAUCCAAGCUCCCAACCAGUGAGUGCUAAGUUUGCAGGGCGACUCAUGGGCAAGAGGGGCUGACCUUGGGGGCCUGUCUGACCCUGUGGGCCCAGGUGCAACUGCCCUCCCUUGUCCAAUGGACCCUACGCCCAUGGAUCCACAAGUAACAAAGUCUUCCUGUAUAUAAAACAGAAAAUAUAUAAAAACAAGAAGUGAAAGAUUGUGCUAACAGAAGUUUUUCUCUCUAGAAUGUAUAAUGUUUUCUGUGAAGCUAUAAAUGAAUGUCAAACACAGAUGGGAGAGGGUUUUUCAAUAAAAUGUUUUGGAGAAGCA